GUCCUCGCGAUAUUACAUAUUUACAAAAAACACACCAGCAAACAAACCCUAAAGAGAUUGAAGACAAUCUCACAAUCUCUCGCGCUCAGCGCCCAAAAUCUCAAACCAAUCCGAGUAUCCGACCAGCGCAUCUAUCGCUUGUUUAAUUUAUCCCACCGCUGCCUGAAAAAUUAAAAAUCUCCCCACUUGUAUCACUUAGCAGUAGCACCGUCGGAGUCUGCGUGUACAGGCCGAUUCCGAGGCAGUUGACUCGUGUACGAUCAACCAUACGCCGGAGUGUCGCAGUUUUCUACAGGUUUGUUGUAGCUGUACUUUAAUUCCACUAUAUUUCGUUUCCAUGGUGAUGUUUUGGCCGAGGAAAGAGAUAUAGUUGAGUUGAGCGGCAUGCGUUGUUCGAUAUUUAGUUAGUUAAAUAAACGAGGGAAUUUUACUUAGAAUAUCACAUCUGAAUGACUUCAUCAGAAGGGCAAAGGAAUUACAAGAAACAGGAUGUAGAUGAUUUAGAUGUAAAGACUGACAUGUUCAAAGAUGAUGAUGAGGAUGACUGGGAAGGUGAUGCUAAACGAAAACACAAGUCAAUCAAAUCUAGAAGACCUGAAUUAAAUGAAGAAUUCGAGGGAUUAGAUAGCAGUGGAAGAAAGAGAAGUAAUGUUGACAAAAAUGAGAGCCGUAAAAGGGCAGGUGGUAUUGAAGAAGAUGAAUGUGAUAAUAGAAAGGAGUAUAAUAAUAAUAAUACCUCUAAGUUAUCUAUGAGGAAGAAGCCGGAGGAGAAUACAUUGGAGAGGCUGAGUAAUUGGUACCAAGAUGGAGAAAUUGAGAACAAUAAGUAUAACAACAAUCUAGACAAAUCUGUGGGAUCAAUAUCAAAAUUCCCCGAUAAUGAUAGUUCUCAAAUCAGAAAUAAGGGCAUUAUUGAUGAGAGAAGGGAGAACAUUAAAGAAAAAUCCCAAGGAACAUCCGAGCAUGGACGUAAUCCUAGGAGAAGAUGGGAUGAACCAGAUACCACUAAAAAAGUUGAUGAGGCUGACCAUGUAGAAAUCAUUGAUACUAGAAGUUUGAGAACACUAGACCCUGUAUUUGAUGGUCACAGAGAUAGUAAAUCACAGAGCAGAGAGGAUAGAAGGACUGAAUAUGACAGGGGAAAGAGAGGCAGAUUUGAAGCCCCAGACGAAGAAAGAAGUGGAAAGCGUUAUUAUGACCCAGAAAAUAUUGAAACAGACUAUGAUAGAAGCAUGGGGCCCGUCAGGAGGAAAGAACAGGAUAAGGACGGAUACAAGGAUGACAGAUCAACUAAAGGAAGGGAUGAUGGUUGGACGAGAGAUGGUUGGAAACGAAGACAAGGAAACUUUUCUGAAAAGGAAACUAAGGAAAGCGAUUCGUCUUAUGACCACGGAAGGGAGUGGGAACUGCCCAGACGAAGUUGGAUUGACAAUGAGAGACCCAGGUCAGGGGGUAGAAAAGAUGGAAUUAGGACUGAAGCCGUAAAGACCUCUUCCAAGUUCGGAAUCUCUAAUGAAAACUAUGACGUUAUAGAGAUACAAACACGACCUUUCGAUUAUGUCAGCAGAGAUGAUAAUAAUAAUAAACCUUCAUCGGUUUCAAUUGAUGAAAGGGGGAGAAAUAUUAAUGAUGGAUCUGGGCAGCCUGGUGAAGACCUUAACAAAGAUAAUAUACCAGGUGAUGGUGCUGGGCCCGUUUCAGUAAAUCAGAACCCUAAGAGAGAUGAGAUUGAAUCUCAAGGCGAGAGAUUUAGGGAUGAGAUUACCUCACAGAUUCACCAGGUCCCUUCUUCCUUCAAUCGAGCCGUUUCUCAGAGUGGCAGAGGAGGGGUUAGACAUGGGAGAAUGGGGGGAAGGGGGAGGCCCACAGGUGGGAGAGAUAACAAUCAUCAUCAAUCAGGUCUUCAAAUGCCGAUGGUGGGACCACCUUUCGGACCGCUUGGGAUGACCCCACCGUUAAACUCCAACAUAUCACCCACUCCUUCAAUUUCCCCAGGUGUCUUUAUUCCACAGUUUUCACCUCCUAUGGUAUGGCCUGGAGUUCCACCUGGACCUUCAGGGCUCAGGUUCCCACACAAUAUGGGAAACCCUCCUAAUCCUGGAAUCUAUUACAAUCACCCUGCAGGACCUGUAAGAGGAGCUCCUCCUAAUUUUAACACUUUGAUGCCAGUUGGACGUGGACAAAUACCGGAUAAUAAAUCGUCUCCUGGAGGGUGGGUCCCUCCUCCUCCGCCUAGGACUAAUGCACCACCUGGCAAGGCUCCUUCGAGAGGCGAGCAGAAUGACUACUCACAAAAUUUUGUGGACACUGGAAUGAGGCCACAAAAUUUCAUCCGGGAACUCGAGCUGACCAGUGUGGUUGAGGACUACCCUAAGUUAAGAGAGCUGCUACAAAAGAAGGAUGAGAUUGUGGCCAAAGUUGCUUCUACACCUAUGUAUUACAAAUGUGACUUGCGUGAACAGGAACUCUCCCCGGAGUUCUUCGGUACGAAGUUUGACGUCAUUCUUGUGGACCCCCCAUGGGAGGAAUAUGUUCACCGAGCUCCUGGUGUCACUGAUCAUAUGGAAUACUGGAAGUUUGAAGAAAUAAUGAAUCUCAAGAUUGAGGCUGUUGCAGAUACACCAUCAUUUAUUUUUCUUUGGGUCGGUGAUGGUCUUGGGCUUGAGCAGGGACGCCAAUGUUUGAAGAAGUGGGGGUUUCGCCGGUGUGAAGAUAUAUGUUGGGUCAAAACAAAUAAAACAAAUGCCACUCCAGGAUUGAGACAUGAUUCACAUACUCUACUUCAGCGUUCAAAGGAACACUGCUUGAUGGGAAUCAAGGGAACUGUGCGUCGAAGUACAGAUGGCCAUAUAAUUCAUGCUAAUAUUGACACUGAUGUAAUUAUUGCUGAGGAGCCUCCAUAUGGUUCCACUGCAAAGCCUGAAGAUAUGUAUAAAAUAGUUGAGCAUUUUGCUCUCGGACGAAGAAGGCUUGAGCUCUUUGGUGAAGACCAUAAUAUUCGAACUGGCUGGCUAACUGUUGGCAAGGGGUUAUCUUCAUCAAAUUUUAAUUCUGAGGCAUAUGUACGAAAUUUUGCUGACAAGGAUGGAAAAGUUUGGCAAGGCGGGGGAGGAAGAAACCCACCACCAGACACACCUCAUCUGGUCGUGACAACCCCGGAAAUAGAGUCCCUCAGACCAAAAUCCCCUAUGAAGAACCAGCAGCAACUGCAGCAACAACAGUCGGUUGCAGUUUCUCUGACACCGGCUACUUCAAACAACAAGAGACCAUCUGGAAAUUCGCCCCAAAAUCAGAAUCCACAAAACUCAAUCCCGGAUGUUUCAAGUAGCUCAAAUAUGUUAUCAAACCCCCAAGGUCCUUGGGUUUCACCGCCUGUGGAAAGCUUUAAGGGAAGGGAAAGUGGACAGAUGACGAUGGCGGAUGAUAGGGCUGUUGAUACUUACGCGCACAAUUCUUCAUCUUUUGGGCAGGGUAACCCUGAUUUCUCAGAUUUUGAAUCUCAUAGAGCAACGAAUAUGUAGCCGGAAAACCUCCAUUUCUCAAUUCUUUUUAUUUUCAUUUUAAAGUUCACAAAGUUAUAUGCUUGGGUAUAAUAAAUACAUUCAAAUUCCUCCAUCCUUUUAAGUAGGGUAUCUAUGUAUGAGUAUAUCUUUCUCAUUUUUUUUGCAAGAGUAUCUUUCUCAUUUUACAAACAUUUUACCAAA